AUGGGGAUUUCAUUUGUUUCAUUUUUCUUCAUCAUCUUCUUCUUCUUGCUUACUAUCUUCUCUCCGGCGGUAGUUGUUCAUGCAACCAGAGACCUUACAUACGGCGGCCAUGGCGGCAGAGAUUUACUUCAAUCUUCAUCCCCACCGUACUAUUCCGGGUUCGAAAGCAAACGACUUGAACUUGUUUACCCGGUUAUCCAAAGGUUCAAGGAAAGAAUCAAAUACGACCCGAAAGGUAUAACCAAGACAUGGGUCGGGUACGACAUUUGCGGGAAAUACAAAGGAUUCAUCUGCGAUAUAGUCCCCGAUUACAAAGAAAAAGCACUCUCCGGCGUCAAAUUCAACGAUUUCAACUUCGACGGACCAUACCUUAAACUCGACGGGUUCAUUGAAGAACUACCCGACAUCGCUUUCUUCCACGCCAAUUCAAACAACUUCACCGGAACCGUACCGGAAAAAGUCACCGAACUCCGAUUCUUCUUCGAACUCGACCUGAGUAACAACAAACUCUCCGGCAAAUUCCCUGAGAAACUCCUCUCUGCAAAGAACUUAACCAUAUUAGAUCUCAGGUACAACUCUUUUACCGGGUCGGUUCCAAACAGAGCUUUCAAUUUGGAUCUUGAUCUUCUUUUUAUCAACAAUAACGGGUUUGCCCAAAAAGUUCCCGAAAACUUAUGGUCGACCCGAGCAGUGUAUCUCACCUUAGCAAACAACGGGUUCUCGGGUGAAAUCCCAACUAAAGUGGGUUCUGCCCGUGACCGUCUCCGGGAAGUUCUGUUCUUGAACAACAAUCUAGAAGGUUGUCUGCCGAUUCAGAUGGGUACCCUGAAAAAAGCUCGAGUCUUUGGCGUGGGUCGUAAUAAACUGACCGGGCCUAUACCGUACUCAUUUGGGUGUUUGAAGAAAAUACAGAAUUUGAACUUUCGGGGUAAUGAAUUAUAUGGGGCGAUACCGGAAGUGGUUUGUAAACUGAAAAGCCUAAGAAAUGCGACGUUGACGGGGAACUAUUUUACGGAAGUGGGUCCGAUUUGUAAGAGUUUGAUCGAGAGGAAGAUUUUACAUGUGGAUAAUAAUUGUAUUUAUGGGUUACCAAACCAAAGAUCAUCGGAGGAAUGUCACAAGUUUUUUUCUAAACCGCCGAAAAAGUGUCCUAAGGACUUUGAUCAGUAUUGGAUGCCGUGUAGCAACGAUACGCAUUACACCGCUCCGACGAGCCCACCGCCGCCGGCGCCGACUCCCAAGACUUACCAUGCAUUAAAUCCUCGUAACCUCUAAACUUAAUUAUUAUGGAUUUGGUUAUACUUAUGGAGUGAUCAAAGGCCCAAAUGUGUAGUGAAUGGGUCCAAUAAAUGUAAUAGCUAUUUUUGUUGUUAUUAUUAUUAUCAUACUAUUUAAUGUAUUAUAUUGCAUUGCAUUGUGUUACUUUACUUUGU